AAAUAACAGCAGGUAAAUCCUUGCUGGAAAUUUUCAGCAAUACAUAUGGUCACGUGCUACCCUUAUAUGUUUUAAAGUACCUAUUAUCGGCUGAUAAUUCAGUAUUUUGAAGAACACUCUAUCAACGUACGGAGUCAAAAGCGGUUGCUGAGUAUCCAAGCUAUGAAGUGUAUAAUUCAAAUUCACUUUCUGGAAAGCAUCAUUCUUAAGUCAAUAUGGCAAAUGCACAGUUAGACAUCCAAGGCGCCAAUUUCGGGGAAAUCUUCCAAAACAGAUGUUCCUUCAGAUGGUCGAGAUAAAAACACAAGAUGUAUGACUCUUUAAAGACGAAACGAUGUCUAGUGUGCAUACUAUACCAUGAUACAUAACAGGUGUUGCUAAGCCGAACAGACUCCUUGAGAAUGGUACUUGAAAUAGAAGAUAUUACUUUAGCCAUCUCCACUUGCAUAAUUGGACUAGCUUUAUUGGUAUCUUUAUAUCGAUUGGUGAAAUGGACUAUUACUGGUACAUCUAUAACACUUAUUCCAGAGGGCACAAUUCAAAUUGGCCAUGGGUGUACCAUUAAAAUAUCAGCAAGAAUACAAAAGAAAUCGGAAUGCGAUUUCAGAUUGUACUGGCAGAAAAUUGGAAGUAGCAAUGAAGCUAAAAACAUUUCAUUUUGUAACACAAUUAAAUAUGCUGGUUCUAAAAGUAAAACUUUAGCACCAUCACUUUUCAUCAAUAAGGCAGUGAAGGAAGAUACUGGUAUAUAUCAACUUAGAUAUGAAAGUCUCAAAGAAGUGGUUAUAAGUCGCCAGAUCGCCGUUCAAGUUUUUGGAGAUACGGCAACCAAUUCAAUAUCUGAAGGAGAAAACAACUUCUUGCGAUAUAUAAUGUUGUGUAGACUUGGACGGGAUUGUACUUUACAAUUUUUCAGACAUCUCGUAAAAGAAAAGGACUUGCAAAAUCAUUUAAAUAGUCACAAGCAGUUCCUUGAAAAAAUAUGUCCAAAGCAUGAAAUACUUGUGUUAUUUCCCCAAAAUAGUUACGUGAGAUCUGCAGACUUUGAUUUCUGUUUGCUUUACAAGCUUAUCCGGAAUACUCUUAAUAUUGGAAUUCCGACUGAUGGUUGGGCAUGUGAACCAAAACCUGGGAGUAUAUCACAAAUGGAUGAUAUUGAACGAAUUCGAUCUCACAGAAACUUUUCAUCGCACACUUCGACGCAUGAGCUUCCAAAACAGAAAUUUCAAACCAAAUGGAAUGAUUUAUCUCAGGCCAUCAUCAGAUUAAGCUGUAGAAACCUAACCAAGGAGGUGAAAAGUCUUUUGCAAAGAACAUUUGAUAAACAUCAACAAAACGAAUAUAAUAAAUUCAUAAGAGAGUACAUGACAGAAGUUCAAGGGGAAGUAGGUAUUUGUCGAAGAGCUGUGAAUGUUGUUAUCAAAAGAGUUGACAGUCUUGAAGCCAAUGUGGAAUGUGUUCAACAACAUCUUUUAGACAUUGAGGAAAAGCUUCCAGAUGAUCAUAUUCCUCCUCAUAUAAGAAGAAGUCAAAAUGAGAUACUUGGCCAUUGGAAGUUAGAUAACCAUGUUUUUAUAAAAGAAACACAGGGAUUUUGCCAUACUUUCAAUUUGGUACAGACGAAAAACGUCGUAAUAAUAUUAGGAGGUCCGGGUGCUGGAAAGACAGUUACAGCCCGUUGUAUUGCAUUACAACUGCAAGAGAAAGGAUGGGAAGUUGUUCCUGUAUUUACACCAGAAGAUCUAAUGAAGUAUAGAGACAUCGAAAGACAGCAAGUAUUUUUACUUGAUGAUUUUGUUGGAUCUUUUGCCUUAAAUGAGACCAUGUAUGAUGAUAUUGUUAGGUACAAGACAUUAAUUUUUGAUUCUCUCGAACAAAAAACUAAAAUUUUAUUGACUUGUAGAAAAUCAGUUUAUAAUGCAUUAACAAAGUUGCAAGACCUCUGUUCAGUACAUGUGGUUGAUUUAGAAAGCGUUGAAAACAGAUUUAACAUUGAAGAAAAAAGAAAAAUCCUCCAUAAACACUGUGAUGCAAUGUGUGUUCCAAAUGUAAAAUACGAAAACAUAUCGUUAGAAAAUGCUACUUUCAUGUUCCCUGUUCUUUGUAAACUUUUUGCCUGCAAUAAAAAGUAUCAAACGCUAGGUGAAAGAUUUUUCAGAAAACCAUUUGAAGGUCUAUGUAUGGAAUUUGAUAAAAUGCAAGAAAGGAAUACAGAUUGUUAUGCUGCACUGAUUAUUUGUAUGAUCACUGGUAACAAACUAUCAAUUAACAGAUUACCGGCAAGUAAAAUCAAAGACUGCAUUUACGACUCGUGUGGAUUAAACCGAGGAACUUCAGACAAAAAGAUAAAAGACGCGUUAGAACAAAUGGUAGGCACGUAUGUUACAAAGAUUGACGAUUGUUAUUCUUUUAUACACGAUUCAUUAUUUGAUAUUCUAGCCUAUCAUUAUGGGAGGUUCGUGAAAGAUUUCCCAAAUAUAAUAAAGUACCUUCCAAGUAACUUUAUAUCAAACAAAAUUUGUUUUGAUUCAGAUGAGACUGUCGAUACGUUUUUCGUCCACAAAACUGAAGAUCAGUUUUACCAUAUAGCAGAAGGACUUUACAAAGAGUUACAAUAUGUGUACCUCUAUGAAGUUUUCAUGGCGAGAUUACUUUAUCAUGAACCGUUUGUUAAUGCAUUUCUCGAAAUGUUAAACAGUAAGUCAUACGACAGUUUUAAGAAGGUAUUUCUUUCCGUGCAUGAGAAUACGCCAUGCGAAAACCCUGAUGAUAUUGAUGAUAUGGUACAUAACUUAUUAGUAGAUGUUGCAUUCUUUGAUUUUAAAGAGGAAAGAUAUUGCAUUCGUGCCAUUAGCUGGGUAGUAUAUUUUGGGCAUUUCCGGCUACUUGAGUACAUUAUGGGUCGAGUACAUGCCGAGGAAGGUUCCUACCAGGCAGUGUUUGGUAAUGAGAAAAUGGAACAAACACGACUACUUGUCCUUUGUUGUUACAGAAACGAUGAGAAAAUGACCAGACUUUUGUUAGAUCAUAUAGAUCUUGAUUGUAUAAAUGAAAACUUAUUGACAAACAACAUAGUCAAAACAGUGUCGAACGCUCAUCGGUGUCAUACACCCCUAACUGUAGCCUGUCGAAGCGGAAAUUUACCUAUUGUCAAGUUACUGGUACAAUCUGGCGCGGAGAUUGAUGAAAAUGAUCCAAAUAAAUUGUCACCUUUAUCUGUAGCCUAUUAUUACGGUAACAUCAGAAUUGUUAACUUUCUGUUGAAUAACAGUACAUCUCAAAGCACAUAUUUAACAAUGGAACAACCGAUAAAUGAACAUACUGUACGCAUUAUUACGUAUCGAAGCGAGGAUUGGCCGUCAAUAACUGUGACAAUUCAAUCCAGAACACAUCUGAGUGACGAUGAUCAAUUUAUUGUAUGGGCUGACAGAUAUAGAAAUAAAAAAAUCAAAAGAGGAGGGUAUGAAGCCGAACGUUCCAAAUCACAUAAAGUGGAUGAAGCAACCCAGGAAAGAAAGUCGAAAAUGGUUCGGUGGGCAGAGAGAGAAUUUGAUAACAAAUCGAAACUAAACUUUAGAAAAAAUAGCCAAGGAAACAGUUAUAUUGCAACCAAAACAACUAAGCACAAAACUUGCACGUACCAAGUUGACGGAGAUGGAAAUAUGAGAUAUUUAGUACGAGGAAAUCGCCGCGGUAAUUCUCGUAAGAGAAAACCAAAAGAGCCAAAGCCCAAGCAUUCAGCGGCUAAAGUAGUACGUGAAUACUCUUGUUAAUGCUAAACAGGUGUAUACCCUUAUCAAAAAAAUAUAUAUUAUGGCGUUUUUCAUUAUUAUCGUUAGGUAAAAUAAUUGCAUAUUAUCACCACAAAGGUAUUAAUAUAUCAAGAAGGAAGACCAAAACGAGGCUAUGAUAAUUGGAACAAAUAACAUCAUUUGCUCUUUCUUUUUUUCUCUCUUUUCAUCUGUUUCCUUAUUUGUUUCACAAUAUAUCAGAACUUUUGAAUAAUUUACGGAAAUAGAAAAAUAAAAUCAAGUCAACAAUACUGGUAACGAUAGAUUAAAUUUAAAUAUAUCAUUUUAGUGUUCAUACUCUAUCACGUCAGAAAAUUAACAAGACGUCCAAAAGUUGUCAAUUUGAAUUUAGUUUGCAAAUUAUGCAUC